UUCUUUUGUUUAUUUUUGUAUUAAAUAGGCUGACAUUGUGACAUCUACUCUAAAAGACUUGUUGUAUUGUUAGCUAACUGAUGAGAGACGUGGUACUGCCGGUUAUGUUGAUAUUACAAGGUGAUCCUGGACUUGGAAAGAGUCUAUUAUUACAAGCAGCUGCGUCUCUAUUUCUCCACGUCGUAUUUAUGUGUGUGGUAAUGCCACAACAAAUGCUGGUCUUACCGUGGCUUCUGUGAAGGAUGCUUUGACAAGUGAUUAUGCUCUUGAAAGCAAUGGAGCAACAACGUGUUUCCGUUGCCAAAGCUGGCUGGACUUGUAGUAGCAAGCUUAUCAGCACCAACUUCUGUCUUGGCAGCGGCAAAGCCUGUUGGUGGCCACUACAACCGCACAAAAACUUUCAACGAAAAUUUGAAAAUGAGUGCUGCUUUACUAUCGCUAUUCGAUUUGGUUUUCAUAUUGCUUGCUUCAUAAGCCUGAUGAGCUGCUGGACAAGAGGGUCUCGGAGCACAUCAUGUCACUUCAUGCUGGAAGUGGAGAGAAUUCACCUGCUGCUAAGAAGUUGAAGGGAAGUUGUUGAAAUAAUGAAAGAAUCAUUAUAUGAUAAAAAUGUCGGAGUGGAGGGAUGAGCCAACAGAAGGAAGCAAAACGAUUCCUUAGUUCCUUGAAUAGGCAGUCCGAGUUACAGCAAAAAGAUAGGAUUGGUUUGAGAGUGUCGGAUAUCGACACGUUUGUUGAUAACUUAAACAGUAUCUUCUGAAGAAAGGGCCAAGGACAUAUCAGAUGCAUGCAUCCCUGGAGAUGUUGCGACUGUAACUGGUAUUAUAAGAGUGAUCAAUAAUUACAUGGACAUAGGAGGAGGAAAAUCGAAAGGCAAAAAUCAAGCAUUAUACUACUUGUAUCUGGAAGUUGUUUCGAUUAAAAAUUCUAAGUCACAAUCGCAACCUGAGGAUUUAGAAGAUAAUCCCUCUAAUGCUAGAGCGUCGCAAUUGCUUGAUUUGUUCACAUUUUCACCAAGAGACUUGGAGUUCAUUGCAAAGUUCUCAGAUGAGUUUGGUCCAGAUGUAUUUCGUCAAAUAGUUCAAUCAAUUUGCCCCUCUAUCUAUGGACACGAGCUUGUUAAAGCGGGAAUUACUUUAGCUUUAUUUGGAGGUGUAAGAAAACAUUAUACAGAUAAGAACAAGGUCCCUGUCAGAGGAGACAUCCAUGUCAUAAUUGUUGGUGAUCCUGGACUUGGAAAGAGUCAAUUAUUACAAGCAGCAGCGUCUAUUUCUCCACGUGGUAUUUAUGUGUGUGGUAAUGCUACAACAAAUGCUGGUCUUACUGUGGCUGUUGUGAAGGAUGCUUUGACAAGUGAUUAUGCUUUUGAGGCCGGUGCCAUGGUACUUGCUGACAGUGGACUCUGUUGCAUUGAUGAGUUUGACAAAAUGUCAGCAGAACAUCAGGCCCUUUUGGAAGCAAUGGAGCAACAAUGUGUUUCUGUUGCCAAAGCUGGACUUGUAGCAAGCUUAUCAGCACGAACUUCUGUCUUGGCAGCGGCAAAUCCUGUUGGGGGCCACUACAAUCGCACAAAAACUGUCAACGAAAAUUUGAAAAUGAGUGCUGCUUUAUUAUCGCGAUUCGAUUUGGUUUUCAUAUUGCUUGAUAAGCCUGAUGAGUUGCUGGACAAGAGGGUCUCGGAGCACAUCAUGUCACUUCAUGCUGGAAGUGGAGAGUACUCACCUGCUGCUAAGAAGUUGAAGGGAAACCAGAACGCUAGUGAUAUAGUUCUGAGCAUAAAAAGUGGUUCUCUAGUAUCAAGGCUGAGACUUGACCCUCGGAAGGAUCACAACUUUGUUCCUUUACCUGGCCCUCUUAUUCGGAAGUAUAUUGCUUAUGCUAGAACUUAUGUCUUCCCUAGAAUGUCAAAACCAGCUGCAGAAAUCCUACAGAGGUUCUACUUACAAUUGAGAGACCACAGUACAUCUGCUGAUAGCACGCCUAUAACUGCAAGACAGUUGGAAAGUUUGGUAAGACUUGCACAAGCUCGAGCCCGAUUAGAAUUAAGAGAGGAAAUUACAGCUCAGGAUGCACAAGAAGUUGUUGAAAUAAUGAAAGAAUCAUUGUAUGAUAAAUAUGUUGAUGAACACGGGUUUGUUGAUUUUGGUCGGAGUGGAGGGAUGAGCCAACAGAAGGAAGCAAAACGAUUCCUUAGUGCCUUGAAUAAACAGUCCGAGUUACAACAAAAAGAUUGCUUCUCAAUAUCAGAGAUAUAUAGUCUGGCAGAUAGGAUUGGUUUAAGAGUGUCGGAUAUUGACACGUUUGUUGAUAACUUAAACAGCGUUGGUUAUCUUCUGAAGAAAGGGCUAAGGACAUAUCAGGUGUUAUCAUCGUCUUAUUCGCGAACUUAACUGUCUGUCUCUUGCCGGUUGUAAUUGGGAGUCCCUUCUGCUUAAGCACGAGGCUUCAUAUUGGUUUUGGCAGAAGGUAACAUUCUCGGCUCUACCAAAUACUAAUAUUCUCAAUGGUUCUUGUUUAUUCAGUUAAGCUCAAACUGUGGGACCUAAAAUCUAGUUGAAAAUUUUGUACACAAGUUAAAAUUGAAUGAGAUACUAACAUAAAGGCUAUUAAACAUUU